AUGGACGAAGUUCUAUCAAAUAUUUUGAGCAAUUUUUCGUCUAUUUUUAAGGAAGGAGAAAAUUCAAUCCCUCCUGGUAGCCCAUCAUUGAGAAAGCUUACAGUGACUUUCCUCGCUUCAGAAUGGAGAUCAAGCAGAGAUGGUCUCUCGGACAUAAAAAGGGAACUGGCGGAGAACAUGGCGAAAGAUCCCAAGGUUCAGGUAAUUUUUUUUGUACCAAAAUGCGAUGAUGAAGACAAGGAAGAAGCUAAAAUUCAAGGCGUCCAACUUGUUGAGGCUGGAAACAAUCCAGUUUGUGAUGGACUGACUUGCCUUAAUUUUCUACCAGUAAAUUCCCCAAUUGACGUGGUCGUGGGACAUGGCAUUGAGCUCGCGGGUCCAGCACAAUUCAUAAAGUGGCUCCACAAGUGUAAAUGGGUCCAGAUUGUCCAUGAAGCCCAUGAAGAAAUAGGAGUGUUUAAGGAGUGCUCAAAUCCAAUAACGAAUGCACAGAAAAAGCAUGAAUUAGAAGUUAAACUUUGUAAAGAGUCGGAUUUUGUCGUAACAAUUGGACCCAAGCUAACUGAAACUUUUCGACGAUCUUGUGAGAAAGAUGAAUGUUUCUUUGAGUUCACUCCUGGAAUUCUGGCCGAGUUUUCUGGUCUGAAACAAGAUCUCAAGGAAAGGAAAAUAUUUAGAGUUCUGUGCUUUGUGUGCGGUGAUCCAGAGGACUUUAAACUUAAAGGAUUAGACAUUGUAGCAGGUGCUGUUGCUAAAUUGAAUGAUUGUCACCUCGUAUUUGUCAGUUUAGUGGAUGAUAAAUUAAAAUUUAAGCUAGAAGAUACAAAACAACGUCUCCUCGAAUGUGGUUUACCUCAUUACCAGUUAAGGUUGCGAGGCCUUUUGGAUUGCCGGAGAAGUUUAGAAAAGGAGCUUCUUGAAGCAGAUCUUGCGGUUAUGCCUUCGAGGGUAGAAGGCUUUGGUGUAAUCGGUCUUCAAGCCUUGUCAGCUGGUCUACCCAUCCUUGUUGGUCGAAACUCGGGAUUGGGAGAAGCUUUGAUGAAAGUUAAAUUUGGCUCGUUUUUUGUUGUUGAUUCAGAGGAUCCUGAAGUAUGGGCCAAAGCAAUUAAGAAUGCCUGCCACAAAGAUAGGACCAUGAGGCUGCAGGAAUGUGAAAUGUUGCGUGAGCUUUACAAAGAGGUGUAUAGCUGGGAGGAGCAAAUUGAAUCUCUUAUCAACAAAUUCAACAAAUUGAUCAUCAACUCCCCUUCAGAGGUGUCUGGUUGUUCACCCUCAGAGCAUCAUACCCUGAUAAUUUCAGUGGGUCCCAAGCAGCGUAAGAGAAAGAGAAAGAGACAGCGAAAAGGAUCUCAAGCGAAAAUGGAUCUCAAGCGAGCUAAGGGAAAGCAAAAAGGUGAAGCACAGAAAGAAGAAGAAUUAAGACAGAAUUUAAUGCGUGAGAUGGCUAAACGUUUUAUCGAUGAAUGUAAUGAUGAAAUCGCGUCGGAACCCUUUUUUCAGGGCCUUAAAUACUACCUAGAACGAGAGCUCAAUUUAAGAAUAGAACAAGCCGUUGAAGGAAGUUUGAGAAUAAAAGUCGAAUGCAGGACACUGGAAAUCCUCGAACGACUUUGGGAAGAUUAUACCUCCGGUCACCUCAAUGCAGAAGCAGAAAAACGACUUUUGACAGAUGAGAUAAAGAGGACAUAUGAUGUGGAAACCAUAAAACUGGAAACGAUCAUUUUGAGAGAAGAUUACUUUGCUUGCAAACUUUCAUUCGCAGGAAACAUAAAAGUUUCAUUUACUGAUGCCAAAAAAUCAAGGAUCCCGCUUACUGGUGAAAUGGUUCCAACCAGCAAUGACAUAAAAAAUGGCAUCCAUGCUUCCGAUAAAGAUCUUACACUCUUUAGCGAUGAAAAGGUCACUGCGGUCGUCACUGCCGAUACUAAAAGUGAAACUACAGAAAGAACUCAGAAAUUUCCAUUGGUGUUGACGAAAGGACAGAUUGAGGAAACAGUUUCUGCAUCGCCGAUGCCCAGUCCGCGAGAUAUAGAUGCAAGGAGAAAAAUUUUCGAUGACACCGUAGGAGUAAUUUCCACGGAGACAGCUCUGUUACGAGAACAACCGUCGUUUUGUGAAACUUCAGCUUCUGUGAAGUCACCUGUAGAUGACCUAGCCCUAAUCGGAGAGCUAAGAAAUAGAACUGUUACUCAAAGGAUAGCAACACGUUGUCAAGCACAUAUAGGAAACUGCUGGAGAACACUUGGAGUAUUUUUUGAAAUUGACGAGAGUGUACUUAACAACAUAGAGACUGAUUUCCCAACAGCUGAGGAAAAGGGAUUUAAAGUUCUAGAAAUAUGGAGGGAUAAGGAAGGGCGCAGUGCAACAGUGAGAUGUCUCGAAGAUGCCCUUCUUGAAAUAGGCAAGAGAAGAAUUGCAGAAAAUAUACUAGAUAUUGUUCGAGAAGAAAGAGGAAGGGAAAGCAAACAAAAAGGCGACAGGUCAAAAGAGGACGAGCCAAAUAGAGUGGCAAGACUCGAAAAUGUCAGAAAGAAGAAUCAGCCAAAACUCAAAACUAGAGGAGGCUUUAGGAAGUUGGAGAAUGAGUCUGAAAGAGUAAAAAGACUCGAAAACGUUAGAAGGGAUAAUGUGGAAAAUCGCAAACCUGCAGCAGGAGAACCUUCCAAGACACCGCUAAAAAAGAAAAGGAGCAAGUCAUCUGGUGCAACAAAAAAGAAAGCUGAUAUAGUUAAAGAGGCUGACAUAAAUUACUGAAAAAAUCAUACCGGUGAUAGAAAAUUCCUUAAGAGCGUCCUGAACAGGAAAUUCCCCAGCGGCGUCAUCAUAACUUUGCUAUGCUCUAUGUUAUCAACUCCGGCCUUUUUCAACAGCCGACGCGUAGAAACCAAAGGCUAGGAUGGAGAAGACUAACUAUGACUGGGGUGGAAUGUGGAGCAGAGUUCAAAACCGCAACCAGCUGCUCUCCAAAGCGAUUGAGAAUGGACUGUUGAUGACUAAAAUUUCGCCAGCAGCCGACUGAUUUCUAAUCUUGUUGUACGACUUUGGGCCAAUUUACCCCUCAAUAAUCGAAAGGUCCAUCAUAUUUUCGUUGCGUUCAUGUACACAAGUAAACAGUACGGCAAUUGGUAUAAAUAUGUGAAGCGACAACAUCUUAAGUCAGUGAUUUAUGUACCUGUCGGGGCGUAGGUUUUUCCUGAGCCAUUCGCGAUUACUGCUAAUUGCAAGCCUCCACGGUCACAUCUCACAAGGCUCUAACUUGCGUAACCCACGAGAUACUCUGACGUGACACUUUGUCACAUGACUCAUGACGUAACCCUACGUAGAACUGUCAAAGGUUAUUAGACUCCAUUAGACACCCGUACUAAGGGGGCCCGCACCGCUACUAAUAACAUAAUUAUUUAGCACACUAAAAUAACGUGUAAGCGAGCCAGUACUUUAUAACGUAGAUGUUUAUUAGUAGUCCAACAUUUCGAUACUUAGUAGAGAGAACUAAUAUUUUUCCACUCCAACUUGCUUGUAUCACAUUGAACGAAGAAUUAUUUGGCUGAUAUAUUUAAAAUGCUCCUUGUUUCUCCAGCUUAUAAAAGCGUAUGCUAAUGUCUUUAUGCCCGUUGUUUAGUGCACUGCUAAUUUAAUCAACUAACUAUUGCAUUCAACACAUGACUUUGCCCUCUCGCAGUUUUUUUUUUAUUCAUAAUAAUAUUUCUUUCUUCGAUUUUCAUGAGCUUUCUCGUGGUCAGGAAUUGUCUACUUUUCAGCUCAAAAUUACUCUGAAAGGGAAGAAAAUCAAACAAGAAAUUGUGUUCGGGCCACUUUCACUCUGAAAUCCAUACUCGGGGACACACUAUGGUAGGAACUGAACUGCCCGCUGAAAAGAUUCUGCGCACAUUUCCGUGCCAUAUGAAGGCUGUUACUUGCAUAUUCUAUUAAUAAUAUCAUGGCAAACCGCUGUCUAGGACAAUAAAAACAGAUUCACAUACCGAAGAAAUUUUCUGCAUUCCUUCUCUAACCACAAUUCAAUUAGGCAGGUCAAUACAGGGCGACGUGGGAAACUGUUGGAAGGACCUUGGAGUAGUUCAUAAAAUACCAGAAAGCGAACCUCACAAUAUAGGGAAAAACUUAUAAACAUGCUAAAGGAAAAGGACUUGCUGUACU